AGAGGUGGAGCAAGUCUGGAAAGAGGAGAGCUUCAGAGUUUGUCAGAGCAGCAGCUGUCGAGACGAGUCUGUCUCUGAAAGGAAAUUCUGACUGACUUCAUCAGGUCUUUCUCAACAACACAGCAGAGUCUCUGCCAAACACUGAUAUGGCUGCUGCGAACCAUCUGCUGUCUGAAGACCAGUUCCUGUGCUCCAUCUGUCUGGAUGUGUUCACUGAUCCUGUCAGCACAUCAUGUGGACACAACUUCUGUAAAAACUGCAUCACUGAACACUGGGAUACUAAUGACAGGUGGCAGUGUCCGAUGUGUAAUGAGGUUUUCAACACAAGACCGAAGUUGCGGGUCAACACUUUCAUCUCUGAGAUGGCUGCUCAGUUCAGACAGUCAGCUCAGCAGGAAGCCUGCAGCAGCAGCAGCAGCAGCAGCAGCUCAGAUCAACAAGAGUCCAAACCAGGAGAAGUUCCCUGUGACGUCUGCACUGGAACCAAACUGAAGGCCCUGAAGUCCUGCCUGGUGUGUCUGGUCUCCUACUGUGAGACUCACCUGGAGUCUCAUCUGACAGCUUCAGGCCUGAAAAGACAUCAGCUGAUCGACCCUGUAGAGAACCUGGAAGGCAGGAUGUGUACGAAGCACGAUAAACCUCUGGAGCUGUUCUGUAAGACCGACCAGACAUGUGUCUGCACGUUCUGCACUGUUUCAGACCACAAGAUGCACGAUGUUGUUCCUCUGAAGGAAGAAUAUGAAGGAAAGAAGGCCGAGCUGGGGAAGACAGAGGCUGAAAUUCAGCAGAUGAUCCAGAAGAGACGACUAAAGAUUCAGGAGAUCAAACAGUCGGUUGGCCUCAGUGAGGAAGAUGCAGACAGAGAGAAAGCAGAAGGUGUUCAGGUCUUCACUUCUCUGAAGGAGUCUGUUGAGAGAGGCCUGAAGGAGCUCAUCGACACCAUCGAAGAGAAGCAGAGAACAACAGAGCAACAGGCUGAAGGCUUCAUCAAAGAGCUGGAACAGGAAAUCUCUGAGCUGAUCAAGAGAAGGACUGAGGUGGAGCAGCUCUCACGCUCUGAAGACCACCUCCAUCUUCUCCAGAGUGUCCAGUCCCUGAACAUCCACCCUCCACCCACCAAGGACUGGACAGAGGUCAGCGUCCAUCCAUCAUAUGAGGGGACUGUGGUGAGAGCUGUGGCUCAGCUGGAGGAGACGCUCAGUAAAGAGAUGAAGAAGCUGUUUGAGUCUGAGCUGAAGAGGGUCCAGCAGUAUGCAGUGGAUGUGACUCUUGAUCCUGAUGCAGCACAUCCUAAACUCAUCCUGUCUGAUGAUGGGAAACAAGUGUAUGAUAGCAAUGUGGAGAAAAAUCUUCCAGACAAUCCAAAGAGAUUUGAUACUUGUGUUAAUGUCUUAGGAAAGCAGAGUUUCUCUUCCGGCAAAUUUUACUUUGAGGUUCAGGUUAAAGGAAAGACUGACUGGGAUCUAGGAGUGGCCAGAGAGUCGAUCAACAGGAAGGGAGACAUCACACUGAGACCUAAGAAGGGUAACUGGACUGUAGGGUUGAGAAAUGGAAAUGAGUACAAAGCUUAUUCUGGCCCGUCAGUCCGUCUCUCUCUGAAGUCUCGGCCUCAGAAGGUGGGGGUGUUUGUGGAUUAUGAGGAGGGUCUGGUCUCCUUUUAUGACGUAGAUGCUGCAGCUCUUAUCUACUCCUUUACUGGCUGCUGCUUCACUGACAAACUCUUACCAUUCUUCAGCCCCUGUGAUAAUGAUGGUGGUAAAAACUUUGCCCCUCUGAUCAUCUCUCCUGUCAGAGUAAACUAAUCACUUCUUAUUUCAUGUAGUGAUUUAUUUUUAUAAGGAAGGAACAAACGUACAUAUUUAGUGGCAACACUAAACUUUAAAUCAUAUUUUCUACAGAAUCUGUUUACUGUGGUGAUUGAUUUACACUUCAUCGUAAGAUGUUAUUAUAUGUAUCCCAUUACAGAGGCAACACAUUAAUUUGAUGCCUCCAUUUCUUCGACUCUGCAUCAUGACACGUGUGUCUAUUUAAACCUCUGUUAAACUCAGACCUUUAGUUUCUGCUGAUGAGCAGCGAUAGCAAAAUUAUUGCUGAAUAUUUCACUGUGUCAUAAAACUUAAUUUAAGAGUGAGGCCUAUUACAUGUAUAUAGUACAGAAUACAGUGUGUCACUGUUAUAUUGUGCAUAAAAGUUUAAUGGACAAAGUUAAUUAAUAGAUACUGAAAUUCUAUAGAUAUAGAUGUUAAACCACCUGUGACCUGUAGUAGAGCUACAGCCAAAGUCAUGGCAGGAGUUCCUUCUCUCUCUCUGUAAUUUACUGCCUGAGAAACAACACCUCCCACAUGUUGCUCCGUCACAGUGCUGAUCCUUCUGAACAGGAAACACCAGAGCUCCUCAGUCAAUCUAACGGGAGGCGGAGAUCUACGGUCAACCAAGUGCUUCGUAAUAAACUCUGAACUAUGCAAGAAUAACAUGGGACACACUGAAAUGCACAUGGUGUUUGGUUAGUGUGACACAUUUGUUAGCUUUGGAAAUGUGUACAGAAGUCACUCAGGAGGAGAGCUGACCUGGACAGCCUGAAACUUUUUGUUUUUAUAUUGAACUCCAACAGAUUUGAAAUUUGAAAGCCACUCAUUUUUAUUUGUAGUGAAACUGCAACACAGCCAUAAAUCUACUUUUUAAAAAGUCAAAACUCUGCUGUUUGUUGCUUUGCUGACUGGAUAGAG